GAGAGCGAGGCGGGGCGGGCCGGGCCAGCGCGUAAGUCUCGCGAGGCCCAGCCCGAGCGGAGUGUGGCGGCGGCGGCGGCGGCGAGAUCUGGGCUCGGGUUGAGGAGUUGGUAUUUGUGUGGAAGGAGGCGGAGGCGCAGGAGGAAGGGGGAAGCGGAGCGCCGGCCCGGAGGGCGGGAGGAGGUGCGGCCAGGGCGGGCGGCCGAGGCGCGGCGCGGCGAGGCGGGGAGCGGGACGAGCAGCGGCCGAGGGAGCGCGGGGCGCACCGAGCGAGGGAGGCGGGGAAGCCCCGCCGCCGCGGCCGCCGCGCCCGCCCCUUCCCCCGCCGCCCGCCCCCUCUCCCCCCGCCCGCUCGCCCGCCGCCUUCCUCCCUCUGCCUUCCUUCCCCACGGCCGGCCGCCUCCUCGCCCGCCCGCCCGCAGCYCAGGAGCCGAGGCCGCCGCGGCGGCGGCGGCGCCCUCAGCCAUGGCCUCGGGCGACACCCUCUACAGCGCCACGGACGGCUCAGAGAUGCCGGCCGAGAUCGUGGAGCUGCACGAGAUCGAGGUGGAGACCAUCCCGGUGGAGACGAUCGAGACCACGGUGGUGGGCGAGGAGGAGGAGGACGACGACGACGACGAGGACGGCGGCGGCGGUGACCACGGCGGCGGGGGCGGCCACGGGCACGCCGGCCACCACCACCACCAUCACCACCACCACCCGCCCAUGAUCGCGCUGCAGCCGCUGGUCACCGACGACCCGACCCAGGUGCACCACCACCAGGAGGUGAUCCUGGUGCAGACGCGCGAGGAGGUGGUGGGCGGCGACGACUCGGACGGGCUGCGCGCCGAGGACGGCUUCGAGGACCAGAUCCUCAUCCCGGUGCCCGCGCCGGCCGGCGGCGACGACGACUACAUCGAGCAGACGCUGGUCACCGUGGCGGCGGCCGGCAAGAGCGGCGGCGGCGGCUCGUCGUCGUCGGGCGGCGGCCGCGUCAAGAAGGGCGGCGGCAAGAAGAGCGGCAAGAAGAGUUACCUGGGCGGCGGGGCCGGCGCGGCGGGCGGCGGCGGCGCCGACCCGGGCAACAAGAAGUGGGAGCAGAAGCAGGUGCAGAUCAAGACCCUGGAGGGCGAGUUCUCGGUCACCAUGUGGUCCUCAGAUGAAAAAAAAGAUAUUGACCAUGAGACAGUGGUUGAAGAACAGAUCAUUGGAGAGAACUCGCCUCCUGAUUAUUCAGAGUAUAUGACAGGAAAGAAACUCCCUCCUGGAGGAAUCCCUGGCAUUGACCUCUCAGAUCCAAAACAGCUGGCAGAAUUUGCUAGAAUGAAGCCAAGAAAAAUUAAAGAAGAUGAUGCUCCAAGAACAAUAGCUUGCCCUCAUAAAGGCUGCACAAAGAUGUUCAGGGAUAAUUCUGCUAUGAGAAAACAUCUGCACACCCACGGCCCCAGAGUCCACGUCUGUGCAGAAUGUGGCAAAGCUUUCGUUGAGAGCUCAAAACUAAAACGACACCAACUGGUUCAUACUGGAGAGAAGCCCUUCCAGUGCACAUUCGAAGGCUGUGGGAAACGCUUUUCACUGGACUUCAAUUUGCGCACACAUGUGCGAAUCCAUACCGGAGACAGGCCCUAUGUGUGCCCCUUCGAUGGUUGUAAUAAGAAGUUUGCUCAGUCAACUAACCUGAAAUCUCACAUCUUAACACAUGCUAAGGCCAAAAACAACCAGUGAAAAGAAGAAAAAGAAGACCCUUCUCGACUGCAGGAAGCAUCUUCCAGGAGUGUGAAUGGGAAUAAAUAUGCCUCUCCUUUGUAUAUUAUUUCUAGGAAGAAUUUUAAAAAUGAAUCCUACACACCUAAGGGACAUGUUUUGAUAAAGUAGUAAAAAUUAAAAAAAAAACUUUAAUAAGAUGACAUUGCUAAGAUGCUCUAUCUUGCUCUGUAAUCUCGUUUCAAAAACACGGUGUUUUUGUAAAGUGUGGUCCCAGCAGGAGGACAAUUCAUGAACUUCGCAUCAAAAGACAAUUCUUUAUACAACAGUGCUAAAAAUGGGACUUCUUUUCACAUUCUUAUAAAUAUGAAGCUCACCUGUUGCUUACAAUUUUUUUAAUUUUGUAUUUUCCAAGUGUGCAUAUUGUACACUUUUUGGGGAUAUGCUUAGUAAUGCUAUGUGUGAUUUUUCUGGAGGUUGAUAACUUUGCUUGCARUAGAUUUUCUUUAAAAGAAUGGGCAGUUACAUGCAUACUUCAAAAGUAUUUUCCUGUACAAAAAAAAAGUUAUAUAGGUUUGUUUGCUAUCUUAAUUUUGGUUGUAUUCUUUGAUGUUAACACAUUUUGUAUAAUUGUAUCGUAUAGCUGUAUUGAAUCAUGUAGUAUCAAAUAUUAGAUGUGAUUUAAUAGUGUUAAUCAAUUUAAACCCAUUUUAGUCACUUUUUUUUCCAAAAAAAAAAAAAAUACUGCCAGAUGCUGAUGUUCAGUGUAAUUUCUUUGCCUGUUCAGUUACAGAAAGUGGUGCUCAGUUGUAGAAUGUAUUGUACCUUUUAACACCUGAUGUGUACAUCCYGUGUAACAGAAAGGGCAACAAUAAAAUAGMAAUCCUAAAGAAAGAAUAUGGCAGAAAAAAGAUCUGUAAGCACAGUCUUAUUUUCUUCUGUUGUCCAGAAUACUUAUAAUUCUUGAGCCUCCCAGAAAUUGGAAGCUAAAUAAAGCAACUCAAGUUUCCUUUAAUUUUGCACUCCAUUACAGUGACUUGUGAUGAAAGCGAUGCAUGGAUAUUUUAAUACUCCCCUACACUUCCUGAGUUCUGAAAGAGUAGGCAACAGGCACCCCAAGUUAAGGAACUACCUCAGAGCACCUUAGACCAGGCCCAUGGGGCUAGGAUCGGAUUUUGGCACUCCUGCGGUGAGGGUGGGAGUGAAGCAGGUGUGCGCGGCCUGGCGCCUUCUGGAGGAAAGGCACCAGUUGGCAAUAGGGCACAUGGGGAAGACCAGGCUUUUCUUUCCACUGCUCAGCUUCAGAGGCAGCUCCAGUGGGCCCUCGGCUCGUCCAACAGAAAACAUGGUUGUUGGGUAUCUGGUUUGAGAGCCUUUGCUCCUCCGUCUUAGUGGAGGCCUUACAAAGUGCCAGCAAUUGUGGCAAGAGAGUGCCGGUAGCUUGAUUUCAUGCUUCUAAGUGGACACUGAGUGCAGAUUGGCAAGGUGAUUAGAUUAUUAGAAAAUUGUACUCAAUGAGUACUUGACCUCAUGUUGUGACCUCUUAAAUGUAUGACUAUAAUUUUUUAAUUUUGCUUAGGGUCAGAUAUAGGACUCAUUGAAAAUAUUUUAUUUUAUAAACUGCCACAAUACAGCAAAAUCCCAUUUAUUCAAAUUGCAGUCAUUCUGAGUCUUUCUGCUGAGUGCUUGACUCUGCAAGGUCACUGACAGACAAGCUAGUAUGCUUACAGAGAAAACGGCCAGGACACCUUCUGGUCAGAGGUAUAGUCCAGUUUCUUACAGCUUCUUUACCAGGGGGAUUGGUGACCUAAUGACAGUGACCCCCAAGGCUCUGUGGAAUUUUGAAGUGCCUUCUGAAACCAUAAGUGAAAAAUUUAACUUCAGACACUUGUUUUUAUUUGUCCAGAAUCUGUUCUCCAUUGAAUAUUUUGGUGGAACUGUGUUAAUCAGAAGACCCCAGGCUUUGCUGUAUCUGGCAGUCAGGAGAGACGGGAGCCCAUGGUAGAGUCCCCUUCGCAGCUGAGCACCCCCUGUGAGCAAGUAAUUCUUUCCAAGGCUGGACAGAGCCUUCUACUGGUGCCCAUCCUUCCUGCAAGCGCCACACCUUCCUUCCCACCAUCAGGUCCAGCAGUCCUGAUGUGGCUGUACUGAGAUGCUGCCCUAGUCAGUGGCCAUCAGAGGAGUCUGGAGCCACAUUGCCCUCACCCAGCAUUAUGCUGCACUUGAGCCUGGUCCUGGCACCAUCCUCGGGAUGCUUGCCCGAGGCCCCACAGCAGAAUAGCCCUGUACCCUGGGAAAGCCUGAGCAGCAGCCCUGAGCCACGCUGUGGCCUUCGGGAGCCAGGCUCUUGUGUGCAAGGAGGUCCCUCUUCCUCUGUGCCUUCAUCCCUUGGGGGAUGCCCUUGAUCGUCUCUUUUGUCCCGUUUUGUCUCCAAGUGAAACCGCCUUCACUCCCUGCCCCUUUCUCUGUUCUCGUGUCUUUUUCUCAGUCUGCAGAGUUAACUUCUAUGAGGAGUGCAAUUUGGAGUUCAAGACAAUAACAAGCGGGUUCCUUGUUGACGUAGCACUGGAUUAACAGCAGUAGUGUAGGUGACUGAUGAGCGAGCAGCGGUGUGGAAUCGUUCUCACUGGCUCUAACUUAAGCCCGCUUUGCUUGUUCGAAUUUMUAAUUUUGUUAAAGAUGUAAUUUACUAAAAUUUGAAAUGGUGUUCUAACAGUGAUUCCAUUGUCUCGAAUUACUCUGAUUUAUAGUAAUACUGAUAGACAUAUUUUCUUACAUCUGAGCAGAAAUGAAUGCAUGUUUCUAGCACAUGUAAUAUAAAAACUCCAGAGGAUAAGUUUACACUUAACAAGAUGUUGUUUUCUAUUUUUGAAUUUCUUAUAAUUUCCCUCUCUGGGAGUGGGGUUGCAGGGGGCAUAAUAUUUGUAUAAAGAACUGUCACCCCAGAGUGACAUUUAUUUUCCAAGGUGACGCCGAGCUCAUGCUGUUGGCUUCGUGUGGUGUCGUGUGUGCUCCGCCUGGACUGAAGGCCUGAGGAGUUGAGGAAGAUCAGGGUUUUUUUUCCUAUUUGUUUUCAUGUGCAAGUUCUCUUAAAUGUCAGUUAUUUCACUAGAUUGGAGAAGGACCCUUUAAGAGGACCCUAUACCAUGCCUGCCCUUGUUCCUGAGCAAGAGCUCAAGAAAUGCAGAGUGAGGGAGGUGCCUGGGUGGUGGCAAGUCCUCAGAUUCUGCACAGGAGAGCUUGGCCCGCUGUGAAUUGGAAACCUGCUAAUUCCACCCACCAAUUGAUCACUUCCUUGCCUGGCUCUUUCACUUUUCUCAACACCUGACCAACAGCAAGGGCGGGGACCCUAAAGGUCAAAACAGUGGUUAGAACUGAAGUCGCUGGCCGGAGCCCUCCCUGGUACUGGGUUACCUUGGGCCUCUGGCCUUCAGGGUCACUGGUCUGACUUUCAGCCCUUUGUUGUGGGUCCAUUUCGCCCCCACCCCCAUGGCAUUAGUGCUGCUGCAGCGUCUCUUCAGAGUUCAUCCCAGCAGGACUGGCAGGGGCAUUCCACCCAAACUUUCUUAACCCAAGAGGAGGGAGAAGAAGCCAUAAGUCCAAGAUGUGCUUGCUCAUGGUGCUGGCCCUGAGUUUCACAGCCUGCUCUUUUGACUUCAGAGGACAGAAGGGCCUCCGUGCCUCCAGCACACUGUAGCCUCGUAGCAGCAUCCAACUGAGUGACUGGCUAGAUCUCAAGACACCCUAAUUACUGACCUUGGCCCUUCUCACUGCUCAGGUUAUAUUCAGAUGCCCUGGCUGCUUCAAGAUGGUUCACUGCAGGCCCUUCAGACAAGUGGCAUCAGGUUAGAGGGCAGAUACAUGUCUAAGAGGCUUCUUGGCAUCUACCCUGGGCCUGGGUGGU